GGGGGAAACACAUAUACAAAUGGCUAGAUUAUCAAGAGUUAGGCUUUACCUGCAUCCAAGUGGCUGUGCAAAAGAAAUACUGCAUCACAUUGGUAUUUUCUUACUUCCACUCCCUGCUGUCUUAGCCUUACUAUUCGUCAUAUCAGAUGUCACUUAGAGAUCAUCCAGGUCUUCUUCUAGUCUUUCUUCUCCAUUUCAUCCCUCCCACAACCGCUAAACCUGCUGACCUUAUUCUCCUUAACUGCGGUACAUCAUCUAGCGCAACAUCUCUGGAUGGACGCGGUUGGGAUGGUGAUGCACAGUCCAAAUUUCUCGCCUCUAACUCUAAAACUGCAUCAUAUGGGUGUUCAGCCUCUCAACGUGACCCGUCUGCAACAGAAGUCCCAUAUAUGGAUGCUCGCGUUUCGCAAUCGAAAUUCACCUACUUGUUUCCUGUCUCACCUGGCUCAAAGUUCGUUCGUCUCUACUUCUAUCCAACUAAAUACUCAGAUCUUGAAAUAUCCAAAUCAUUUUUCUCUGUUACUGCCAAUGAUUAUACUCUCCUUCGCAACUUUAGUGCAUAUCUUGCUGUUUCCGCUAUGAAACCCGACGUUUACUCGUUUGUCAAAGAGUAUGUAAUAACCGUGUGGGAUAAUAAUCAGAAACUUGACCUCACUUUCUCUGCCUCUCGAGGAUCUUUUGCCUUCAUUAAUGGUAUUGAAAUCGUUUCCAUACCAGACAAUCUCUAUGCAAGCAGCAUCAAUAACCCAUUGACAUAUGUAGGUAUUAAUAAUCCAUUUUAUUUGGAUAAUACCACAGCUCUCGAGACAUUUCAUCGGCUGAAUGUUGGUGGGAAAGAUAUCAGCGGCUCAGGUGAUACUGGAAUGUACAGGACAUGGCUUCAAGAUUCUGAUUACAUCUUUGGGGGGGCAUUUGGACUCCUUACCAUUUUACCUAAGAAUGUUACAAUAAAAUAUAAAAUGGCCACACCGGAUUACACUGCACCUUUGUUGGUAUAUAGUAUUCUGCGUUUUAUGGGUCAUGAUCCAAAUCGUAGCAUGAAUUACAAUCUUACUUGGCUCUUCUCUGUUGAUGCUGGUUUCAACUAUCUUGUUAGGCUCCAUUUCUGUGAGUUUCGAGUUGAGAUCGCUGAAAGUUGGAACCAAUUGGUGUUUUUCGUAUUCAUCAACAACCAGACAGCGGAUGAUCAAGUAGAUGUAAUCUACUUGAGUGGCGGCAAGAGUGUUCCAGCGUACAAAGACUAUGUCGUUUGGGUACCAGAAGGAAGCCAUAGCAAGCAGGACUUGUGGCUUGCUCUACACCCUAAUACCAAGUCAAAACCCGCAUUUCAUGAUGCAAUCUUGAAUGGUUUAGAGAUAUUCAAGUUGAACAAAUCAGAUGGUAGUCUAGCCGGGUCCAAUCCUGAAUUAGUGGUCGCUCCUCCAUCACCAGAACAUCCAAGCUUAUCAAAGGAGAAAAGGAGCAGAAAAUCAUCAAUGAUUAUGGCAGUUAUUGGAGCCGUAUGUGGUGGUGCAUUAAUGCUAUCUGUAGUUAUUUGUUCUUUUGUUUAUAAACAGAGGAAAGCAAAUGAUUCUGGGAAAAUUGAGGCCAAGUCCUUUCGGGUCCCAGUCCGAUUCUCCUUCGUUUCAAGGUCUAGUACAACCAAUGCUUCACUGAGAUCUUUGGACCGUUUUCGUCGAUUCUCCAUUUUCGAGAUUGAAAUGGCCACAUUCAAAUUUGAUGAUGAAUUUAUCAUUGGCUCUGGGGGAUUUGGAAAUGUUUACAAAGGAUACAUUGAUGAUGGUGCUACUCCAGUUGCAAUCAAGCGUUUGCAUUCAUCAUCAAGACAGGGUGCUCGCGAGUUUAAGACAGAAAUCAAGCUGCUUGCGAAGCUUCAAAAUCCAAAUCUUGUUGCUCUAAUUGGCUACUGCGAUGAUCCAGGUGAAAUGAUCCUCGUCUAUGAGUAUAUGCAUAGGGGUACUCUCCGUGAUCAUCUCUAUAAAACAAGAAACCCUCCACUUCCAUGGAAGCAAAGGCUAGAGAUAUGCAUUGGAGCAGCAAGAGGACUUCAUUAUCUCCAUACAGGUAUGAAGCCCCCAAUCAUUCACCGCGAUGUGAAGUCAACGAACAUACUAAUUGACGAGAACUGGGUGGCUAAAGUUUCAGAUUUUGGACUAUCGAGAACGGGUCCAACAAGCGACUCACAAACACACGUUAGCACUGUUGUCAGGGGCAGUUUUGGGUAUGUUGAUCCAGAGUACUACCGUAGGCAACACCUAACAGAAAAAUCCGAUGUUUACUCAUUUGGUGUAGUUCUACUUGAAGUACUAUGUGCUAGGCCACCAGUGAUUCCAGGAUUGCCGAAAGAGCAAGUGAAUUUAGCUGAUUGGGCACGAAUUUGCUAUAGAAGAGGAGCUCUUAAUCAAAUAAUUGACCCCAAUUUGAUGGGUGAUGUUGCCCCGGCUUGUUUGGUGAAAUUUGGUGAGAUUGCUGAGAGUUGCUUGCGUGACCAAGGAAUACUAAGGCCAGCAAUGAGCGAUGUGGUGUUUGGGCUUCAGCUUGUCUUGCAGCUACAGGAAAGUAAUGAAGUGAGCAUUGCUAGUGGUGGCGGUGAUGGUGAUGGAGUUAGCGAGCAGCAUGAGAGUCCAUUAUUGGUGCAUCGAGAAGUUGUUACUACUGAGGAUGACGAUAAUUUGUUUAGUGGUUCAGGUGGACAGGAGGAGGAAACAAAGAGUAGCAUCAGUAGCUGGGGAAGGAGUGUUGCCCAAUCUGAUCCUGAUAGAUUGAAAUCUGGUGCUGUUUUCUCUGAAAUUAUAAGUCCAAAAGGAAGAUAAAAUUGUUUAUUUCCGGAAUGAACAGUUCAAAUUAAGCAGUUCUAUGGUUUUGAACCCUGUUUUCAUGAGCAUUUGGUCAGAAUUUACAUAGAUUUUGUAAAAAGUGUAAAAAAAAAAAAAAAAAACUGAUCAUAUAUCCCUGGCUUUCAAUUAAACUUGUAUAAUUAUGCUGCUUUUAUGGUAACCAACAAGCCAUGUAAAAGCCUUGUCUGCACACAUUGAAUACUCUUUUAGUCCAUUGCUCCCAAAUGUACCAACUCUUAAUUGUAUCUUCAUGCUUUAAUCUAUUUAGGACUUUGGUAAUGUUAAUAAUAGAAUUGUCUACAAUUUGACAAUCUGAAAAA